AUGGUAGAAGCCAUAAUAGCAACCAAGAAACAAGCUAUAACUCCAACGACAGAAUGGAGAAGUAAAAGAUCCGGAUUCCAUUUUAAGAAGGGCCGAUCAUUUUCGAAGAAGAAAAACACAGGAUCUUCUAAUAGCUCUUGUCAAAGUAGCGUAUCUAUUCUAAACUAUCCCGACUAUGGAAAGAAGCAUAAAGGUGCAUGCCAUCGUGCAUCAGGUGCGUGUUUUCGAUGUGGCAAGACUGGCUACAUGGUUAGGGAUUGUCCGAUGAGAUCCAAUGAGGUUAACCGUCCUGUGGCAAGUUUAGCUGGGUUUGUUUCUGCAGCAAGAUCAAAUAAUGCCAGGGGUAACACUGACAAUGAAACGUUGAGACAAGGGAGAGUGUUCACACUAGUGCCGAAGAUGUACAGAACACCGAGUCUGUGGUGUCAACCAGCAUGUGAUGUUCUGAUUGGUGAUAUAACAUUGUACGUUGAUUUGCUACAUUUGAGCAUUGACCACUUUGAUUGCAUAUUGGGUAUGGACUGGUUAACGAAGUAUUGUGCAUCAAUUGACUGUGUAAAUAAAUAUGUUGUAUUUCAUCCACCUGGUAUGCCUGAGUUUGUUUUCACUGGAAACGGAGUAGUCUCUUCCCCAUACUUGAUUUCAGCUAUGAAAGCUGUUAAAUUGCUUAGGAAGGGAUGUAGGGGCUACUUGUGUUGUGCAUUGACUGCAUCAUCUGAUUGUAAUAAUGUGGAAACUAUUCCUGUUGUUUGUGAAUUUCCCGAUGUGUUUCCGAAUGACUUGCCUAGAGACUUAGUUGAUAGGGAAAUUGAGUUCACUAUUGAAAAUGAGAUUGAGGUCGUAGUGCGAGAACAAGAUGGAAUCUUAGCUGCUAUCUCCACCCAGCCUGCAAUCAUUGAAGAGAUUAAAGAGAAACAAUGCGAAGAUGAGUUUUUGAGGAAAAUUGUUGAUGAGAUUGAUUCAAAAUCGAAAUCGGGAUUUGUGCUUGACAAUGAUGUGUUGAAAUUCUAG